AUGAGUUAAGAAAAUAAAGAAGAAAUAAUUAAUCAUAUUUUAAAAGCCACAACAUUUUGCUCAAAGAAGUGUGAAACAUUAAAAGUCGAUUAAUUUAAAGGAAAAGAGACAGAAUGCUUAAGUAUUAUGAUUCAAUAUUUAAUUUAGUUUAAUGUGGUUAUGGUUUUGCAGCCUCAAUUCAUUAUUAAGGAUAAUUCAUGAAAUAUUUAAUGGAGCAAACUGAAGGCAUGGAAGAAUGA